UUGUAUUAAUGCAAUGAGGGUUCGGUUACAAGCUCAAUGUUUACAGAAAUGUUCUAUAAACUCUCUAAGUGUGUGUGUGAGUUUUGGACAGAAUGCUCUCAAAGCUUUCUAUCUCUCGGAUGUGCAAAUGGCAGAACUUACUCACACUAACACUGCAUGGGUAUAUAUAUACCCAGCCCAUGAUGCCAGAUCGAAGGAUCCGAUAGAUGGUCCGAAGGAUCAUCUAUCGAGGAUAAGUUGUUCGAAACAUCAGCAUUGACCUCGAAGGAUCAUCCUUCGAGGUCUAUCAGUCGAACUAUAUCUUUCGUGCACCUCGAAGGAUCAACAGAAUCCUUCGAGAAGCUAUCCUUCGAUCAGAACAUCUUUCAAUAUACAAACUGUUGUCCAAGUCAAACCGGAGGAUGGUUGACUUGGUCAACUUACAACACAAAUCAGGACAUCGUUACAUACAGACCGAAUACAGACAAAGUACAGACACAAGUGCACCAACACAACCUUCUUAUAUAGAGAGCAAUUUAGUUGGCAUCGACUCUCGUAUGGAAGAAUUAAGUUCACGACGGGAAACAAAAGAUAAUGAAAAGGUGCAAAUAGUAGGGAUACAUGGGAUGGGAGGAAUUGGCAAGACUACUAUUGCCAUUGCUUUGUUUAGAAGAAUAAAGUAUAAGUUUGAGGGUAGUAGCUUCGUAAACGAUGUUAGAGAAAAUAGUUCAAGUAAAAGAGAAAUAUGUGCCUUACAAGAAAAGGUUCUAAGGGAUAUUCUAGAGAUCAAUCAAAACUUCAAUGUUCGAGAUCCUGAAGAUGGAGCUAACAUGAUACGAACAAGAUUUGUGCACAAAAAAGUUCGUAUGGUUCUUGAUGAUGUGGAUAAUUUCAAGCAAUUAGAGUUCCUAGCUGCAACACAUGACUCGUUUGGCCCAGGAAGUAGAGUCAUUAUCACUACAAGAAACGAGCAAUUGUUAUCUGAUGCAGAUGACAAGUACAAGCCCGACUUUUUGAUAAUGAAUGAUGCUCUUGUGCUGUUUAGCAGAUGUGCUUUUAAAACAAAUAGUCCUCCUGAAGGGUACGAGGAGUUUUCAUGUCGUGUGAUCCGCUAUGCUGGCUAUCUUCCUUUAGCUGUGAAAGUUUUAGGCUGUUUCUUCCAUGGACGGAAAGCACUUCAUGAGUGGGAAAGUGCUUUAAAUAGACUAACAAAAGCACCACCUGUUGAUAUUUUUAAGACACUGAAGUUAAGUUUUGAUGGGUUAGAGGAUUCUGAGAAGGAUAUAUUCUUAGACAUUGCUUGCUUCUACAAGGGAAGAGACAUUAGAGACAUAACUAAAGUAUUUGAGAGCUGUGGUUUUGACCCAGAAAUUGGGAUUAAUGUUCUUUCUGAGAAGUCUCUAAUUACCAUCUCCAAUCAUAGAAUAGGUAUGCAUGAUCUUCUACAAGAAAUGGGUCAGCAAAUAGCUCGUGAGAUUAUCUCCAAUCGCAGGCUAUGGCAGCUUGAAUAUAUCCAUGAUUCCUUAAAAAAUAAUCAGGAGCUAGAAGAAAUUGCGGCAAUUGUGGUGCCAGAUAAGCAGUAUGAUGUUGACGAAUAUGAGGAGAAGGUGGGUUUUAGGGCUGAUGUUUUUGAACGCAUGAAGAAUCUUCGCUUACUUGAUAUCAGAGGAAGAUUUACAUCUUGUGAGCCUACGAUCUUCCCUAACAAGUUACGAUGGCUUUGUUGGAGUGAGUGCCCAUUUACUUCUCUAUCAAGGACACAUAUGAGUAAACUUGUUGGUCUUCAAGUAGUUGGUGGCAGUGUUAAGCAGUUUUGGAAUGGAAAAAAGAUUAUGCCAAAUCUGAAGUAUCUUAAUCUUCAACAGUUAGACUGUCUGACAACGCUUCCAGAUGUCUCAAUGGCUCCAAACAUUGAGAAGUUGACUGUGUCACGUUGUACAAAUUUGGUUGAGGUUCAUGAGUCUCUUGGAUCUCACAAAAGGAUUUUGAAGUUGCAAAUUAUUGGUUGUAAGCGGCUUAAGCGUCUGCCAUCCAGGUUUGAGAUGGAAUCCUUGUGGUUUCUAAAUCUCAACAAAUGCCCCAGUCUAGCGAGAUUUCCAGACGUGUCCCCGUGUAUGAUAAAGUUAUCAUGUAUACAACUUGAUUACUGUUGUAGUAUAGAAGCAUUGCCAUCAUCUGAAGUAUAUCUUCCUAGUCUAAGACACUUGAGUUUCAGAAGAUACAAAAGUCAUACGAACAACAACAUUCCAAAGGAGCAUGGAUUCGGGGAAAAUUUAGUCAAGGAUUAUACCAAAGCAUAUCCAAAGCUCCUCAAUUCAUGUACUCUGAUAAAUUGGUGUUCGUUGAGAUCAUUAAAUCUUAGUUGGAGACCCAUGGAAAGUGAAGUCUUCCUAAAAAAUCUCCAUGCAUUUUCCUGCUUGGAAACUUUAUACCUAAGUGGAAACAACAACUUAAUCCAAUUACCUGAAAGCAUCUCCCAUCUUUCUCGUCUGAGAAAGUUGAAUUUGAAUGAGUGUCACCAACUUCAAAUUUUGCAUAGCCUCCCAUCAAGCAUACAAGAAUUAGAGGCAAACAAUUGCUACUCUUUAGAAAAGAUUGAUGAUCUAUCACCAGAGUAUGACUGUUCCCAUCUUUCUCGUCUGAGAAAGUUGAAUUUGAAUGAGUGUCACCGACUUCAAAUUUUGCAUGGACUCCCAUCAACAAUACAAGAAUUACAGGCAAACAAUUGCUACAAUCUGCAAAAGAUUGACCAUCUAUUACAAGAGUAUGAUAGUUGGUAUCAUAUUUCCUUCAUUAACUGUCAGAAACUUGUGGAGGAUGAUGAUAGCAAAAGAUACCUUCAUAAGCUAUCGCAGCAAUCAUUCUUUAAGAGAUGUGCUGUUACAGAUCGUGAGCUAUCAAUUGCUAUACCUGGAAACAAAAUACCAAGCUGGUUCAAAGAGCCACAACCUGGGUAUCGUAUAGCAAUGGAGUUACCUCCCAAAUGCGAGACACAAAUCAAUGGGAUUGCGAUAUGUGGUGUAUUCCCUGGGGAGUGGCAAGGGCAAGUUAUCGUCCUAGUACCUCCUUCGACUUUAAAAAAGAUGGAAUGUCCAUUAGUAUUAGUUGGAAGGAGGAUGAAUUUAAAUAAUAAUAAUAAUAAUAAUAAUAAUAAUAAUAAUAAUAAUAAUAACAAUAAUAAUAAUAACAAUAAUAAUAAUAAUAAUGCAUCUGCAGCAGCAGCAGAAGGUGAGAAUGAGAAUAUGUGGAUAUCGUAUAGACCAUGUACUUCCUUUGGGGGUCAAGAUUGGUCUGCCGGUGGUGCUCUACUCAUUUCAAUAAGCCUAGCUUAUGGUGCAAAAGCUGUAAGAUGUGCAGCACGACUUAUCUACAAAGAAGAUGUGGAAUCGAACCAACAAAUUACAACUUGUAUCUCCUAUCCAUGGAAGAACCUAAAGGGAAGGAGAAAAAGUGCCUGCCAGGCCCCCCAAAAUUUUUAGAGGGUGAUGUGUAAAUAGAAAUAUUAACAUUACACGUUCUAUCUCAACCCUAGCUUUAUUGAAAUAAGGAAUUGCUGCU